CCCAUAAGUAAUCCUCCAUCUCUCGCUUCCAGUGCCGCAGCAACAAUGGCAAUGAGAAAGUCGUCCAAACUGCCACAAACUGCUGUUCUGAAGCAAAUUCUGAAGAGAUGUUCAAGCUUAGGCAAGAAACAUGGGUACGACGAAGAUGGACUCCCUCUUGACGUUCCCAAAGGUCAUUUCGCCGUUUAUGUUGGCGAAAACCGAAGCAGAUACAUUGUCCCUAUCUCCUUCUUGACUCACCCUGAAUUCCAAUGCUUGCUUCAACGAGCUGAAGAAGAGUUUGGUUUUAACCACGAUAUGGGCCUUACCAUCCCUUGUGAAGAAGUCGUUUUUCGCUCUCUCACUUCUAUGCUUCGAUAAACAUUGAUUAAUGUCGUCAAACGAUAGGGCUUGGCUUGGAGAAUGAUGGCCAAAAAGAAGCUUUCUAGCUUCUCUUUUUUUAACGUCCUUCUCUUCACCCUUCUUUUUAGGAUUUACUGUUUUGAACCCAUUAACUUGGGUUUUUUUUUUUUUGUGCGUGUCUAAGUAGUUAGUAGUGAAUCUAACUUUGCCCAAGAAUUAUAAAGUUUUUCUGGGUUUAGAUGAAUUUGUACAAAUUAAGUUUGUUUCCUCACAGAUGGUGGAUUAAUCCUAACCCAUGUGUGAGAGAUGUUGAAUGUUAUGGAAAGCAAGAAGAUAUAUAAAUCAACCUAUUUAACUUCACAA